AUGACGGGAUCGCCGCCGAGAGGCAAGCAGUUCCGAGGCACUGGGCACGGCGGUGGUGCUGACCACCAAGGAGACGGGCAGGCUCCAGCAGCUGCCUCAUCGCCGAGCCCAAGCACCCACGGUGCUUCGGGUCCCCGCACUCGCUCCUGCGCUCAACGCGGCCCGCGCCGCACUGGCGCCCGCCACGACGUGGAGGACCAUGAUGACGAUGAUGACGACGAGGGCGAUGGCGACGACCACGGCGCUCAGCCAUCAGAGGAUUUCUGCGACACAAGUUUGACGAAAUCAAAUCUGACAGUUCGGGGCUAG